AUGGGUCUGACACUCUCCACCUCUCAAAAGUUUGUGUACAGACGCCUCAAAGACUUCGUCAUUGAGCACGGCCACCCGCUCGAUAAAAAAUCAGCAAAGGCGUUAGCGAGGUGGCUGGACCGCCAGGGCUUUGCCAUCCAUGACAACAUCUCCCUAGAGAAAUGGCAAGCCCUAGGUUACAAUCUAUGGCGGGACUCUGACAGAGGCGGAAAACUAGCCAAAGAAGCGUUAAUCGCUUGGAGGCUCAUUCUGAUGGUGCUACAGCACCAAAUGAUGAAUGCGAACACCAGCCUCAUUCAAGACACAACCAAGGACACGGACACCAAAAUGGACUCUGACACACAAAAUGGCGGCGAGGGUGAAGAACGUGGGAAACCAGCGCGGGAAAAGAAGAGGCGGGCCCCCGUAGCUCCACCCCGUGGGCCGCCCCCCUCUCCUCCCACUCGUGGCGCGAGAAGUCCCUCCCCCGACGCGUCUUCCGACACGCCCACUUCCGCCACCCCAGUCUCCUCCCCGGACGCGUCCCCUGCACGUCACCGGCAGGAAGUAGUGGGCGGGGCCAGGGCAAAGGCCAAACCGGCCUUCCGGAAAGAUGGCCGCGCCCGUAGGCCCCAUGGCACCAAGGCCUACCCCGCUCACAGAGACUUAGAUUACGACGAUGGGUGGGCGCCGCGUUCCCCGGAGAGGCAAUCCUCCGUUCCGGAUAUCUGGGAGGCCUUCCGGGAGGAAGCGGCGCGAGCCCAGGACGUUGAAUUCCUAAGGGCAUUUCCGGUCUAUUACGAGGAGGGGAAACCCCCCGAGUGGAGACCGGUGUCCUAUCCAAUGCUAAAGGACAUCAAAAAGGCAAUCGUGGAAUAUGGGUUGGGGGCCCCAUUUACUAUAGGCCUCUUGGAAUCCUUCUUCCUUGCCUACACAUUAAUCCCCUAUGAUAUUCGGGCCGUCAUAGGAGGUCUUUUCACAACCGUUCAAGCCUCGGUUUUCGAGGCUGAAUGGAAAAAAAGAAUCGUUGCCUUUGUCAACGAAAAAAUGGAAAGGCGGGGGAUUCCAACCAGGCAGGCCAUCGACAUGCUCUAUGGCGAGGGAAAUUAUUCCAACAGGGGGGAUCAGACUCGAUUAGACCCCAAAUUAUUAAAUACCACCAAAGAAUUGGCUUUAGAAGCGGUUAAAAGAGUGGCGGAUGCUUAUGUGCAAGCGCCCUCUUUUACCCUGAUCAAUCAAGGAACCAAGGAGCCUUUUGUUGAUUUUAUUACAAGGCUCAAAGAGGCAAUUGCUCGGCAGGUCCAGCAGAAAGAAUCCCAAGAAAUUUUGUUUAAUCGGCUAGUGAUUGAAAAAGCAAACGAGGACUGCCAGAGGGUUUUAAAAAUGCUUAAAGAUCCCACCCUGUUGGAAAUGAUAGAGGCGUGUAAAAACGUCUAUUCCAACGCCAAUAAAGCACGAGUCAUGGCCGCAGCAUUUUCGGGGCCCCAACACUGCUUUGAAUGCGGGGAAAAAGGGCACUUUAGAAAACACUGCCCAAAAUACCGGUCGGAGCCCAACCUACCAAACACUUUAUGUCGUAGGUGUGGGAAGGGGCGCCAUUGGACUGCCAAUUGCAGAUCCAAAACUAACCUAAAUGGUGAACCCCUUUCCCCAAAACCAUCUCCCAAGCUCCGUAAAAAAGUGACUUUUUCGUCUAUGCCCAACCUAAGUCACUGUCCCUGCGAGCAGUCGGGAAACGGGGAGCUGAGCGCCCGGGGGGGCGCGAUGACACAAGUUGCCCCCCAUUCCAUCUUGCGCCAGCCACGCCCAGUUACCCCGUAA